AUGAGUAUCCUCAGAAACCUCCUAGUCUUCUGCAUCCUAUGUGUCACUCUCCUCUUUGCAUCAACCAGUGCAGCUCGUUUUGAUAUCCGAAACAAUUGCCCCUUCACCGUCUGGGCAGCCGCCACGCCAGGCGGUGGACGCCAACUUAAUAGAGGCAAAAGUUGGGGCCUAGACGUGGCUGCCGGAACCAAAGGGGCUCGCAUUUGGGCCCGGACCGGAUGCAGCUUUGAUGGAGCCGGACGUGGGAGAUGUCAAACAGGUGAUUGUGGGGGUGUCCUCCAAUGCCAAGCCUAUGGCCAACCCCCAAACACCCUAGCUGAAUAUGCCCUUAACCAAUUUAACAACUUGGAUUUCUUUGACAUUUCCCUUGUUGAUGGCUUUAAUGUUCCCAUGGACUUUAGUCCCACGUCUAAUGGGUGCACUAGGGGUAUCAAAUGUACGGCUGAUAUUAAUGGGCAGUGUCCUAGCCAACUGAGGGCUCCAGGAGGCUGCAACAACCCUUGCACUGUGUUCAAGACUGAUCAAUAUUGCUGCAAUUCUGGGAGCUGUCAACCUACAGAUUUCUCUAGGUUUUUCAAGAGUCGGUGCCCGGAUGCUUACAGCUACCCUAAGGAUGACCAAACAAGCACAUUUACAUGCCCUGGCGGGACCAACUAUAGGGUUGUGUUCUGCCCAUGA